AUGUCAGAGUCGUUCCAGCAAUUGGACCCAAACUACGUUAUUGCGUUCCAAUUCUCUGCGGACAACUUGACUCAAUUAUUGACUGAGCUCGGUGCAAAGGGUUUGCAUGUUUUGCCCAGGCCGGGACAUGAUAAGGACACUGUUUAUGCGUUUACAAGAGUCGAGGAUGGCAAUGUUCAAGAGGACGUUAAUGAGAACGGAAAGACGCACAUUGAGACCAAUGAAGAAACGGGAGAGGAAAAAUUGUACAAGAUUUGUCAGCCUUUGAAUUUUGUCAAGUCCAUCACAAGGAUACACGAUUUUGAGACUCGAAAAAAACUGGACAAGACAUCAAGUUCUUUGAUUGGCAAGCCAUUUGGUUUGCCCUCGGAUCAGGAAUUGGUUCAGUUAGAACGCUUGACGAAAAAUGCGAGACAGGCUUUGUAUUUUGCGUUUGUGAAGAGCUACAUUAUUUGGCUGAUCCCGCUAAGCGUUGUAGGGGUAGUCAGCAAAUUGCUGCGCACUUCCACGCCGUGGGAGUUUAACAUACCUUAUACCGCUUUUUUGGUAAUUUGGUCUUUGUUAUUCGCUAGUUCGUGGGUUUACAGGUCUGAGCCCUUUUACUCUUCAAAAUUUGGUAAAGUGCGAAGUUUUAGCGAAGCCAGUGAACGUCAUUUGAGUACGGCACCAGCUGUCCUGUGUAAGAAACUUUGCUUCUUGCCAGUUGCGGUUCUUUUCGUGUUGUCUUUGGUAUCUUUCCAAUUCUUCUGUUUUUUCGUCGAGAUAUUCGUCACCCAAUUUUAUGCUGGACCUUUAGGCUCAAUCAUGGCAUUAAUUCCAACGGUGAUGAUCUGCUCUUUUAUUCCGAUACUCACCAUCGUUUACAAUAAAAUUUUCGUUGAUCGAUUGGUUAAAUGGGAAAAUGGUCCGAAUCCACUUAGGUCGAAGGUCGAAAAGAACUUCAUUCUAACUUUCUUCACCAGUUACGUUCCACUUGUGAUUACCCUUUUCAUUUAUCUGCCUCUAGGAUACAAGAUAACACCUGAAAUAAGGGCAGUCAUUGCGGAAUGGAGCUACAGGUUGCACAUACCCAUUACUGAAAAUGAUUUUGUCUUAGAUGUCAAGCGCUACAGGAACCAAUUUUUCUACUUUACUGUUACUAAUCAGGUUAUUGCAUUUUCAUUGGAGAAUAUAUUACCGCUGUUUCAGAGGAAAGCAAUUCAAUUUGUGAUGAGUAAGCUGAAGAAAGAUGAAAAAGACCAUGAAUCAAUAAUAGUUUCAACGGUUAAAUCUUAUUUUCCUGGCGAGCUACCCAUAUGGCAGAAAGUUAAGUCAUAUCAUGUUAGCGACUUUGGAGAGUUUGACGUCGAUGAAAAUUUCAAGAAAAUAAUCAUCCAGUUUGGAUAUAUAUCAAUGUUCUCGACAAUCUGGCCAUUGGCUCCCUUAAUAAGCCUGCUAUUCAGUUAUGUCAUGUUCAAGGCAGAUUUGUGGAGAGCUUUGAAAAAGUGCAGACCCUCCACGAAUCCUAACGACGUGGUGGUUAGUGAAAAUAAUUACAACGCUACUUUUGUAUCUGCUAACCCUUGGGAUUCCGUGCUAUCUACUAUCAGUUGGAUUGGCGCUACUGCUGCCCCAACGCUGCUAAUCAUGUACCGAUACUCCGGUUUGCCCGGCGUGGGUUUAGAAAAUGCGUUAAACAAGCGCGAUCUGUGGUAUAGAUGUUCACCUUUGCCCUAUUCAACGACAACGAUAUUGAUCAUUGCUGUCAUUUCGGAGCAUUUAGCUGUAUUAUCUUUUGCUUACUUCAGGAAACUUUUCAUUGCUUCUGGCCAAAAGGUGGCCAGAGGAUUCGUGCCUGCGACUGACUUGCAGGAGCCACCACCGAUCGAUCUAAGUUCGCUUGUCAGGCAAACAAAUUCCUUCAUGAAUGCAAUCUCAGAUAAAAUUGCGACUUCAAAACCCGAAGAGAAUAAAUCGCGGAAUGGCUUAAAAACUUUCGAUAAUAGUGCAGAAACAAAAUCUUCAAUUGCUCGAAACACUGGCGAAAGUCAGUUCUUGGCCAGAAAGUUGUCUUCGAACCACCAAACUAGCUCUGCUCAAGAGAAAUCUUCAAGCGGAGUCAUCCCGGCCGCAGUUGUCACAAGAGCAGCUGGUUCGGAGCGGCAAGCUCACCCUGUUUCGCAACCGAAAAAUCUCUUAUCUGUUGCUCCAAAAACACCUUCAGCUAAAAUUACUGCUGGAGUGAAUGAUCAAAAAGAAAGCAGAGAUCAUAGCGCCAUAGCGGCCAAUGGCGUACCAGCACCAUCUUCUGCAGAGGAAGUAUGGGAAAAGACUAUUUCGUCACAAAAUAGAAGUAACCUCGAAAGCGGUUCCAUUGCUGCUGGAGCAACUUUACCGGCAACUAUUCCAACAUCCAAGAAUUACCAUUUGAGAUAUAACAGCGACGGUAAGCCAGUGACGCCAUCUGGUUCGCCUGGCACCAGUGAGUCUUCUCUACCGAGUACUCGCCCUGAAGGCCAGAGAUCGGAGCAGGAGAAAAUGGAGGCCGCUCCUGGUGUCACUAAUAAUGUAACGAAGCCCAGAAAAGAAAGUCGACUAAUCAACGACAUUGAGACGCAAAAGACUUUAGCGACUGAGGCUCGCUCCCUUGAUCCAGCAAAGGUCUUAAACACCAUUCCUCAUAAUGUCCGCGAUGACCACCUGGCACAAAAGGACGGGGAUACAUCUUUAGCCGCAAGCGCUGCUGCGGCAGCCCUCACAAGCCAUUCUCGGACACCUUCUCAAAUGAACGCCAUGCAACAAUUUGGUCGUGACGUGCCAACUUCGAUAAAAUCGACAAGAACGACAGGAACUUCAGUGAUGGAUAACCAAAGAGCUUCUCUGAAUCGUUCGAACAGUGUGAAAUCGAAAGCGACACAGUCAUCGCAUACUCAACAAAGCGAUGUCUCUGAUGGACUCAAAGGAAGCAAUCAACGAAAGAAAUCAAUGGAACGUAAGCCACAAGAGUCUGUCAAGACAUUAAAGGAUAAUAAAGGCAAGCACAAAAAAGGUCUGCUUCAUAAGUUAAAGAAAAAACUAUGA